UUCUAAGUAAGUUGAUCUAGUUAUUCGACAGUGUCUCAUGGAGGAUUUCAAUUUGAUGUGUUUCAAGCAUUGUUCGGUGGACGUUCGUUUGUUUUAUAUUCGAGAGAAAACAUCGCUAGUGUUUCAGCGAUGUCCCGUAUGUGGGCAUGCUAUUGGCCGUAGUAAGUUGUUGGUGCCUCCUUUCCUUGUUCCCAAUCCUAUUGUACGGAACGCUGUAGGAGUGCGCUGUUGUUUGACCAUAAAGCCAAGCACGUGCAGUUUCCAGGAAUACAAGUCAUCAGAGAGUGAGCUACACAUUGGUGUCAGCAACUCUAAAGGCCACAUUUAUCAUUACGACCAGGAUGGGCUACACUGUGACUCUGAUCCAUUGUGCACAUACUGGACACAUUGUCUUGUUGUUCCUUGUAGUGAACUGGGUGUUGAUGAGGUGACUGAAUCAUUCAUGAGCUCAAUGGAUUGCAGCGAAUGGAUGGCGGCAUUCUAUCACAGAGACAGUCAUAACUGCUAUGAUUUCACUGUAGCUGUUUUGAAUUUUAUUGUGAAAUCCAGCUCAUCAAGAUCAAGCCAUGGAUUUUGGACGAAAGACAGUGUGUGUAGAUAUGUGUUGCCACACACCAGAUGUGUUGCUCAGUAUCUUGAUGUGAUCACACGGGCAAACGAGAUAGGAAUCUGUCCAGUAAAGAGUUGAAGUGGAAACCUGCUGGUCAACAUGAGAUAAUUUUUAUGACAUGUAGCACCCUUCAUUCGGUUCAGCAAUAGUUGAUAAUACUAGAAUCGUGAAAUUGGCUCUGAUCCAACUAAAAUACUUAGUACUACAGGUAUCCUGAAAAGGUCUUAUGCUUCGUCUGCUUGGUAUUUUGUAGGGAGUAGGCAGUAGGACACUUGCUUUAUCAUUGAUCUUUGUGAGAACUGUGGAGAUAGGAAGAAUGUUAGGAUACAUUGAUUACUGAGUGCUUUACCACAACAGAAGUGGAGAGAUACAUUGACUAGUACUACUGCUGCACAACACCAUGGUACUGUAUUUACAUAUUAUUGUGUCAUGCUCAGUCAAUAA